CUGGUCAUACUGGUGCCGGUGUAUAAAAUUAGUGUGCAAGAAGUGUGCUCAUUCGCGAAUAUAAAUAAAUUAAACAGCCAGUUUAAUGUUUAUAGUUUCCUGAUUUCGUGCUACCCCGUUAGAAUGUCCCUGCAAACGGGCUUGGCUUUCAUUUUCACCAUAUUAGCCUCUGUUAGUAUCGUCGCAGCAAUUAUUUUGUUGGGCUGGUUCCUCAUCUGGAAGGCGUUUCUAUCGAAAUUUCGUCUGGUUCGCGAGUUGUUGGGUCAGGAGGAGCCGGAGGAGCAGCAACCACUUGCUUGGGAUCACCAGAAUCAACAGCCACAACAGCACGGCCGAGCCAGGAAAGCUCGCCGAGACUAGGAAGCACUUAAUCCACAAUCCCAUCAACACAGCCUCAACAUGAACAUCCGCUGCGCAAAACCGGAAGACCUAAUGACCAUGCAGCACUGCAACCUGCUGUGCCUGCCCGAAAACUACCAGAUGAAGUACUACUUUUACCACGGACUCACCUGGCCUCAGCUUAGCUACGUGGCCGAGGACGACAAGGGGGGCAUUGUGGGCUAUGUCCUGGCCAAGAUGGAGGAGCCGGAGCCCAAUGAGGAGAGCCGCCAUGGGCACAUCACCUCGCUAGCGGUCAAGCGUUCCUAUCGGCGAUUGGGCCUGGCCCAAAAGCUCAUGAACCAGGCCUCCCAGGCCAUGGUCGAGUGCUUCAAUGCCCAGUACGUGUCCCUGCACGUGAGAAAGAGCAAUCGGGCUGCCCUGAACCUCUACACCAACGCCCUCAAGUUCAAGAUCAUUGAGGUGGAGCCCAAGUACUAUGCCGAUGGCGAGGAUGCUUAUGCAAUGCGGCGCGACCUCAGCGAAUUCGCGGAUGAGGAUCAGGCCAAGGCUUCGAAGCAGGCGGGCGAGGAGGAGGACAAGGUGGCCCACAGAUCCAGCGGACACGGCCACUCGCACAACCACAGCGGUCAUGAUGGCCAUUGUUGCUGAACACUUUCGCUGCCGGCGCAUGCGGGUUUCGACGUUUUUUGCAUUUUUGUGCAUUAGGGUUUUGUAAUUAAUUAACAUAUAAAACUUAAUUAAAAUUAAAACAAAAGUAAUGACAAACGCGAAUGUUUUUAACAAAAGCGGGUUUAGAA